UACACAACCGUUUUAGCCUAGGUGGAGGUGGCAUUUAAGACACUCUCCCCCAUUCAGUCUCCAUCAUCUCUCCCCCCUCUCUCCAUUCUCUCUCCCUCUCGAUCUCUCUCUCAAAACCUCCAGGGCUAACAACACUUUGCUAUGUCCGCGAGGAGUUUGUGGCUGUAUUUUACUCUUCUCGUCUUCUUAGCCCUAGGUCUCCAGGCUAGUGCUGAGACUGAUGAACACGAAACCAAGUCACUGCAAGACCUGCACAGAACCCUGAAUAUUCCGUCACAGCUCAAGGGAUGGAGGACAUAUGGCGGGGAUCCAUGUGCAGAAUCAUGGACAGGAGUUACCUGCAAGGGCUCAUCAGUGGUUCAAUUAGAAAUUCCUGGGCUUCAGCUUGGUGGUAACCUAGGGUACCGACUAUCUGAUCUUCGGAACUUGAAGAAGCUGGACAUGAGUUCGAACCGGAUUCAGGGUCCGAUUCCAUACGCCCUACCGGCUAAUCUCACUUACUUGAACCUAGCACACAAUAUGUUUAGCCAGAACCUGCCGUACUCCUUGACAAACAUGAAGCAUCUUCAGCUUUUAAAUGUGAGCCACAACUCACUAUCUGGACCAAUUGGAGACGUUUUCACAGGACUGACAAACCUCAAAGAAAUGGAUUUGUCAUACAAUAAUUUCACUGGAGAUCUACCCAGUUCAUUUCAAGGCUUAAUUAAUUUGAGCAAAUUGUUCUUAGAGAGCAAUGGAUUUACUGGAUCUGUCACCCUUCUUUCUGAACUCCCUCUCUCAGAUUUGGAUAUCCAAGAUAACCACUUUAGCGGUGUAAUACCACCUAGUUUCCGAGGAAUACCUAAUCUAUGGUUAGGAGGAAACAGAUUUCAUAGAAGAACAGGUGAUAUACCUUGGUUUUUCCCCUGGUUUGACUUCACACCUCAUAUCACUAGUCCACCUCCACCAUCUAACGAGGCAACGACUGCUACCAAUGGUAGCAGUCCUCCAUAUUGUCCGAAAAAGGAGCAAAAGACAAAAGAUUAUGCUCCUGGUGCAAUCAUUUGUAUCGUUUGUGGAGUCACUCUUUUCUUAGCAGCAAUUCUUUUUGCUGUGGCCCGGAUUAAGCAAAGGGUCGCAGCAGCAGUUUUCUUAGCUGCGGCCCGGAUUCAGCAAAGGGGAAGAAGCCAUAGACGGCAGGAGAGCAGUCCUGGCUCAGGUCAGUCUCUUCCAAGUACAGCCAGAGAGUUCUCUUCCACUGCUCCAGAGGAAAGCUCAGUACUACCUGAUAGUUAUUCUCCACGUGUGAUUCAGAGGGGGACAACAUCAAGUACAAGUCCCCGUGGACAAGCGUUCCAGACCCCAAUAUUGACCGAGACAUCCGAAGGUCUGAAGUGGAUAAUGGAUCAUGAGAUGGUAGAAAGAUACCACACUGCAGCAGCUGCUGUCACUGAAGCUGAUCCUGUAGAAAAUCCAUCCCACUCAAGAAUCUGGCGCCUCUGGACAAAAAAAGGGGCGAUGUUUUUAGCCAAACAGUAAGUUUGUAGAAAGGAUCACAGACAUAUUAAUGCUAGCUUGUGUAUGUAGGAACAUAUUAGCAUUCAUAGAUAUGAAUGCUUGCUUUCAUUGAUGAUAGUGAUACACAAGCUGCAGUGAUUGUAAGGAAAUUAACUAUGUUACUCGUAUGUUCAGCAUGACACAUCCCAGUGAACUUCAUUUGA